GGUGCGCUGUGUGUUUAUAUGUGUUAUCUCUCUCUCUCUCUCUCUUUCCGUGUGUGAUGAGAACCCGGAGCCAAAGCCAGAAGUAAACUCUUUUCACUGUCAAACGAAGCUGGGGCCAGUUGCACCCGACCAGGAACAGUAUACGGUCACACAGGCUCUCCAUGGGGCACGAUGCUUUCAUGGAUCCCUUCAGUAGCAAAGCUCAUUUCCUGCUGUAUGAGAUAUGCAUCCUGACAAUAGGCUCUUAUGGAGAUGUUACCGUUACAGUGCCAAACAUAUUGAUCCUGGGCACUGUUGGACAACCUUUACUGCUCCCUGCAAACUACACCACUGGAACUAAAGAUCACAACAUUCAGAUAACAUGGACUUUCCAAAGUCAAUCUUCAGGCUCUAUGCUUCUGGUAACUGCUGUGAACAAUACCUUGACUCCUGACAUGGAACAUGGACACAGGUUUUUCUUGUCCCCUCCCAGUGCUUCAUUACUGAUUAACCCAGUGGAAUUACGUGAUGAUGGUGAAUAUACUAUUAAAGUGACUGUUUCUGGGAUGAAGCUGGCAUCAGCGAGUCGUCAACUAAUUGUACAAGUCAACGUUCCUGUUUCUAAACCAGUCGUGCGUAGUGACCCAGCUUGGGGAGCAGUGGAGUAUGUGGACAAUGCAACGCUCUCCUGCAAUGUGACUAGAGGCACAAAGGUCAUUUAUCAGUGGCUAAAAGAUGGGAAACCCUUACUGCCAAGCUCUCGUCACAUCUUUUCCUCAGACAACAAGAUGUUAUUCAUUUCUCCCGUUUUAAAAGACGACCUUAGCAAUUACACGUGUGUGGCAAAGAACCCAAUCAGUAUGAAUGAAAGUGAACCAAUUGCACCAAAUAUUUACUAUGGUCCCUAUGAUUUAAUGGUGAAGUCUGAACCACGAUUCAAAGUUAGUGAAGGAGUGUUCACUGCUGGUAAAGGAGAGCCAGUCUGGUUUAAAUGUUCAGCAAAUUCCAACCCACCAAAUGUCUACUCGUGGUUUCAGAAAGCUGACAACAAGACAACACCCAUCCAGUGGGGGCCAGUGUUAAAUAUCAAGUCUGAGAAAGUACCCGACAAAGCUGACUACAUGUGCUGUGUCUACAACAAUAUCACUGGCAAACGGGAUGAAACUCAAUUCACUUUCAUACUCUCUGCUACUGGUCAAGAAAAACUGAAACAAAAAGAAAGUUCACUUCAUUCAUUGGGAAUAAUUGUUGGAAUGUCACUGACUCUGAUUGUCUGUAUACUUCUUUACUUUCUUCUGAGAAGAUAUUUUCCACGAAAAGUUAUUAAAGAAGAGCUGUAUCACAGGUCACCAGCAUAUUAUACACAAGCACACCAAGUAUCAGAGGAACGAGAACCUCCUGUGGAUGAUUAUGGAAUAUAUGAAUUUGUUGCUGUGCCAGAGCCAGCACAGUUUCAACAGGUUCGGCCGGAAAAAUUGAAAACAGUGUAUGACAUUAUUCGAGAGCCAAAUGCUCACACUACUGUUUAUGAAGUAAUUUGUCAUUCACCAAAAACAUCCUGAUGCUUUAUCGAUCACAACAGGUAGAAAUUUGUUGGAUGCUGCAUUUUGUCAGAUGCAAGAAGAUUGAGACAGUCAUGCAAUGUCCGUUUGUUUUGCAACAAACAUUAAUGACAGACAAGGUCAGACAUCAAAAAAUGGAACAUUUUACAUUCCAGUAAUUUGGCCAAUCAAAGAGAAGCAUUUUCUCCCAAGAAACAAAAAACAACUAGUGAUGCAGUUUGCAAUUAUUUAUCUACAUACUUCAAUCAAUGUCACGUGCUAAUGUUUCUGCAGAAAAUGUAAUAUGAAAUCAAGAAUAUGUUUAAUGACUAUAAUUCAUUUUAAGCAUUAUGCAAUCAUUGUCUUUACUCAUAAAUUGUCUCUAACAUCCUGUGUAAGCAUUGGUUUACAUUUUCUAUGAGACUUUAAUUAUAUAAUGAUGUGCAGAACAUAUUAAUAGAUAAAGGACUUUUAAAAAGGAUAAAUCUCAGUCCUUCCCAAUCCUGAGAGGAUGGAAGUCUUCCCUUUUGCCUAGCUGAAACUGUCUAUAGAAUAAUGAUAUUUUCUUCCAGACUACCAGACAUUGAAUUGUAAACCACUUAAUUAAAUUGUCUCUAUUUUUUGUACUGUUUCCCAUGACAUGCACAUUUGUCUGAAUAAGAGAAGUCAUGUAAAAAUGGGUGUGUGAAUGAACAACAAUUUUAAAUUCAAAGGAGUGAAGGUCUCUUAACUAAAACUGGCUUUUGAUAUUUCAGAAACUUGCAAAUAUAACUGUUUUCUUUUUGUGAAAUUCUUCUACCUUUUAAGAAUCAAGAUACAGCUGAAUUUGUGUAACAUUGUAUGAUUCUUGCCAAAAUGUUACAAUAGCAGCUAUAAAUAUUCAAAUGUUUCAGGCUUUUGCAUGGCCAACUAUUUAUAAUAGUUGCUGAAGAAAUGUUGGAUAGACCCUUUGGGAGCAGUUAUCACAUCAAAGUCCAUAUCAGUAAGUCGUCCUUGACACUUGCAAAGAUAUGAGGGGGUGCAUUUGAUCAACCAUGGUAUUUCCAAGAAGGACUUUGUGAAAAUGUCUCAGUUUUAGAGUAUUUAGCCCAUAGGAUUUAGGUAAGAUUAUUUUUGAAAUGUUUUGUGAAAAAUAAAAAGUGCCUUAUUGGAUAUCUGAAAAUAGUACAUCUGAAAAUGGGUUAGACUGAAUUGGCAAGACCUAAUGAUUAGCAUGUAAUUUGUAUGUGAAUAGUACUUAUACUAUAUCAUCAUUGCCCUUUUGAAAAUCUGUUCUUAUCUGAAAAUACAUGAUGAAAAAAAUCAAAUAUCCCUAGUGGUGGUUGUGAUCAUUUUAUUAGAAAUAAAACAGAUUGAACUUCCAUUGACCAACAAAGUAACAAAUUGGAUACAUUGGCACAAGAAAAGAUUAAAUGAGCAAAUAUAUUUCUGACUGAGGAAAUAGGGAACAUUUCUUUAGAGAAGAGAUGAUUUCAUGAUUGGAUGGGAAGCAGAGUUGAGCACUGAAUAAAAUGUCCAAGAGCUUUGCAGUAGGUAUAUGACUGUUCUUUACUUAAAUGACAACUUAGAUUCAGAAACUCAAUUCAAAGGAAGUAAAAAUGAGAUGAAUGGAGAGAAAAGAAAUAAAAGCCACAGAAGUCAAACUGAGACCUAGAAAACAACAAUAGCAAGUUAUGUUUGUGCUGUGACUUUUAAACAAUAAAAUGACCCAAGGCCCUUUCACAGUAGCAUUAGAAACAGAAUAUAGCACAAAGCUAGCAAUUAAGUCAGAUGGCCAACAGCUUUGUAAAACGUUAGAUUUUAAGGAGUGGCUUUAAAGGAGAAAAGCAAAGCAGAGAAGUGCACAGAAGGAGGGAGUUCAGUAAAAUCUGUCACUUAAAAGAACUGUUGAUGAGAUUUAGUGCAGAUGUAUUGAAGUGUAAUAUACUGCAUAUUGAAGAAAAAAACAGGCAAUGUUGAAUAUUUCAUGAAUGGUAUAGAGCUACUUAAAUGUGACAUUGUAAAGAUUCUGAGAUGUUCAUGGACUAUAUAAUUGACUUUCCGAGUGACUGGAAUACCAAUCAACAUUGUGAGUAAAAUUGUUAAAACUAUACCGUUAAAUCAAUAUGGUGAUGACUCUACAACCUGUUGUUUCCAACAGAAAACGACACUUUGGAAGGAGUUAAUUCUGGAAAUUGGGAGGAAGAUGUUCCAAGUCUGAGGAUAUUACUAAUGAAGCUGUAUAUUAGUAGUGAAGCUGUCUCUCUAUGCUGUGGUCAGACAACUAGCUGCAGAUUCCAAGGAGUGGCAGUUUCACACGGAUUGCCACUCUAGCCCUUAAUGUUGUGAAGGAAGGAGGGAGCUCUGUGUCCCUGAGAGGAAGUUCCAAUUGGGCUCUUUCAGAAAUGCAGAGCUAUACCUUCAUUCUAACACUUAUUUUUAGUGCAGAACGUUUGAAGGAUUGCAAACCAUGUCCCCCCCUUCACAGCCACUUUGGUAGCUGCUGUCACAGUCAGUAAAUACAUAAGGCAAGUGUGACAUUAGAGUGCUGGGAGGAUAGGGUGCCAGGUAGGUAGGGGCAUAGUGCCUGGAUCAAAAGCCAAUUGAUAGUGGAUGAGAGGGAAUCAGGUUGGCUGCUUUGAAGUCUGCUACAAUGGGAACAACUUCCAUCUAUGCUGGAAUAAUGACUAGCUGUCUGAUCAUUAGAAAAUCCAGAUCAACAUUUUUAGUACUGAGUCCCAUUUGACCACCAAGAAUUCAGAGCAACAUUAAACCUACUGAAAUGGUCUUUUAAAAAGUUUGAAAGCCUUCCUCAGCUUCAAAAGAGUGAGCUAUGAGGGAACAGUAUACUCUUGCAAAUUGAAGAAGGACAAAUAAAGGUAUGCUAUGGAGGUAUUCAAGAGAACUGAAAACAAUAAUUGUGGAGUAUCAUUGAAGGUAAACUGCAGCAGAAGGAUAAGGGGGACUUGUUCAAAAUUCUAAAAUAUCAAUAUAUGACAAAUGUCAGGUCGAAUAUUUUCACAGAAAUAAUCACUAAACUGUUUCCAAGAAGCUUAGUGGAGACAAAGACCUUGCAGUUAAAUGGUAAUGAGCAGGGAACUGUAAUUUCAUCCUUUUCUGGAUGAAUAUUUGUGGGCUGAAUGAUUCUCCAGUUUUUAUUUGUUCUUGUGAAUAGUGUAAAAAUUUCAAAGAAGCUAAGCAAUUUACAUUAUUUGCAUAUACCUUUUAUUUGAAUCUUAAUGUUUGGUAACUAAAAAAGUACAGUAUCCUGAAAAACGGAUUUGUAUUUUUUAUAUACAGUGGAACCUUGAUUAUCCAAACAACACGGGCGGGAAGUAUUUAGUUCAGAUAAUUGAAUGUUGGGAUAAUUGA